AUGUCGAACAGCUCUCCGACGACCUACUUCAUCAGCGGCGCCAACCGCGGCAUCGGCUUCGGCCUCGUCGAGCAGCUCGUCAAGCGCGACAACGUCCUCGUCUUUGCCGGCGCGCGCGACCCGACCAAGGCGACGGCGCUCAAUUCGCUCGCCGACAAGACGGGGCGGGUCGUCGUCGUCAAGCUCGAGUCGACGUCCGACGAGGACGCAAAGGCGGCUGCGCAGCUCGUCAAGGACAAGGUCGGCAAGCUCGACUACCUCGUCGCCAACGCCGGCAUCUCUCUCCCCGAGGCGGUGCUCCCGGUCGUCGACACGACACGCGCCCUCGUCGACCAGCACUACGCCGUCAACGCCGUCGGGCCCUUGCUCCUGUUCCAGGCCUUUGCGCCCCUCCUCCUCGCCGCCCCGGCGCCGCACUUUGUCGCCAUCUCGACGACGAUCGCCUCGCUCUCGAUCGCGCUCCCCUUUCCCCUCACGGCCUACGGCAUGUCCAAAGCCGCGCUCAACUACCUCGUCGUCAAGAUUGCGACCGAGCACGGCACCGGUAAGGACGGCCUCACGGCGUACGCCAUCUCGCCCGGGUUCGCGCAGAGCGACAUGGGCACGGCCGGCGCCAAGGCGAUGGGCCUCGACGAGGCGCCCGUCAAGCUCGAGGACAGCGUGGCGGGCGUGCUCAGGAUCGUCGACGGCGCGACGGUCGAGAAGAGCGGCGGCAGGUUUUGGGACUUUACGGGCGACGAGCUCACUUGGUAG